UAUGGACGCUGCUGAAGUAUAACAUGAUGGUUCCUCACCAUCUAAGAAAGUUAAAUCAAAUCCAAAUGCUCUUAAUUCUCUUAGAGAUGUAUUUAUCAUCUAUACUCAUUCUAGCAUACUGUGGUAGUAGCAGAUACAGGCAAGAUAAAUGAUAUCUAAAAAUUCUAACCUUAAGAUGCCACCACUAAUCCAAGUUUAAUACUUGAAGCUGCCAAAUUACCAGAAUAUCAAGCCUUAAUUGAUGAUGCUAUCUAAAAAGGAAUCAAAGCUUAUUAAGUCUCCAAAUAACCAGUGUAUGUCUCUUUAUUAACCUUAAGUUAAAAAUAACCAAAAAGAACAAAUUCUAGAAAGAAGAAGGAUGAACCUGAAAAUUAAGAAAUUGUUGAACCAGAAAUACCAUAAUUCAAUUUUAAUACAUUAAAUCCAGAAGAACAAAAAAGUGUUAUUGGAUUAAUAACAGAUUAAUUGAGUGUCAAUUUUGGAUUAGAAAUCCUUAAGUUAGUUCCAGGCUAUGUUUCAACUGAAGUAGAUGCUCGUUUAAGUUAUGAUAAAUAAGCAACUAUUGAUAAAGCUAAAAGGAUUAUUCUCUUAUAUGAGCAAGCUGGUAUUUCUAAAGAGAGAAUUCUUAUAAAAAUUGCUAGUACAUGGGAAGGAAUUUAAGCAGCUAAAGCAUUAAAAAAAGAAGGAAUAUAAUGCAAUAUGACACUCAUUUUUAAUUAUCAUCAAGCUUUAGCUUGUGCAUAAGCAGGUGUUAGAUUGAUUUCACCAUUUGUUGGUAGAAUUUUAGAUUGGUUUACAAAAAAUAAAAGUGGUGAAGAUUAUUCUAAAUAAAAUCAUCCUGGUGUAAAAUUAGUAACAAGUAUUUGGAAUAGUUUUAAGAAAUUCAAAUAUGAUACUAUUGUUAUGGUAUAUAAUGAGAUUUUAUUAAUUAUUAUAGGCUGCAUCAUUACGUUUAGUAGAUGAAGCAACAGAAUUAUGUGGUUGUGAUAGGAUGACUAUUCCAAUUAAAUUACUUAAUGAUUUAUAAAGUUUAGAAGGGACAGUAUUAGAACCAAAAUUGAGAGUAGAAAAUUUGGAAAAAUUAAAUAUUGAGAAAGUAAAUGUUGAUGAAAAAACUUAUAGAUGGGAAAUGAAUUGUAAUAUUAUAUUAUUUAUUAUAUAAUAGAAGAUGCUAUGGGUACUGAAAAAUUAAAUGAAGGAAUUAGAAAGUUUGCUUAAGAUUUAGAAACUUUAGAAAAUGUAAUCAAAUAAAAAUUAACAUAAAAUAACUAAUGAA